AAUCCCCUGGCUAAACAAAUGAAUAAGCACAUUCUGUCGUUUAUUAAGACUCCCUCCCUAAUAUGCUUGACAUAAGACGUCUUCAAUAAUAAAGGAGCGCUUCUAAUUCUAAUUGGUCCAUACAUGAAGGCGAUGAUUCACUAACAGAGGGGUUGGCUUAACCACCAGCUGCAACCUUUCCUUGUCGAUAUCGGCCCAUCUUACUUGAUGACCUAAUUGGCGAGCAGGUCAACUAUGGAACGGGUUUCACCCAUAUGAUCUCUGCAUUUUUUUAGAUUAAAUAUUUAAAAACAGGAUAAAUGUGAGCAGGGGUGGCACAACCAUUGCGCUUAUUCGAUUUUUCCCCCAACACACACACACACACACACUUUGCACUUCUUUUCACCGAGUCACCUUCGCUUCUUCAGUUCACCUGCCACUUUGGACACGAGCUCUCGGAGUGUUCUUGCACAAGUUCUGCUGCUGCUGAGACCCGCACGGAUCGUCAUUAAGGUCUAGUCGCACUUUCGGACGCACUUCGACGCUGAAAACGAAACUUCUGCCGGUUCUUCUGCCUGUCUCAGUUUUACCUUCAAGAUGAGUGUCAAAUCCGACUCCGAGCCAAACAACAAUAUCACUAUUGAAGAGGAGGGGCGUGUCUAGGAACUUUUUGCCAGGGGUGGCAAGAGUUGAGGGGAUUUGUCUACCGAGGUGGAACGCCAUUAUGGACCAUGUGCGGCAUGGAUGGGUUAAGCCGUUGCGCACUGUCUCCAGGACACCAGCGGGCUUCGUGUUGGCAAGUGGGGUGGCAGCUGCCACCCUGUGCCACCUUUCUGGCCCUGCCCCUGUCCGAACUCUGUUUGUCAGUGGUCUGCCAACAGAUAUCAAACCUCGUGAACUCUACCUGCUGUUUCGACCAUUUAAGGGUUAUGAGGGUUCACUAAUCAAGUUAACAUCAAAGCAGCCUGUUGGGUUUGUAACCUUUGAUAGUCGUUCUGGCGCUGAAGCGGCAAAAAAUGCAUUAAACGGGGUUCGAUUUGACCCUGAAAACCCGCAGACCCUCCGGUUAGAGUUUGCUAAAGCCAACACGAAGAUGGCAAAGAGUAAGCUGAUGGGCACUCCGAAUCCCACAAAUAUCCACCCAGCUCUAGGAGCACACUUCAUAGCACGGGACCCAUAUGACUUGACAGGGGCAACACUGAUCCCGGCAUCUCCAGAGGCCUGGUCACCUUACCCCCUCUACACACCAGACCUUGGCCCCGGCCUGCCCCACACUGCUUUCACCUAUCCAGCUGCCGCCGCCGCAGCUGCUGCUGCACUUCAUGCUCAGAUGCGCUGGUAUCCCUCCACAGAGUCAUCCCAGCCUGGAUGGAAAUCACGGCAGUUUUGUUAAAUGCCUAGUGUGCAGUAAACAAUUCUCAUCAAAUGCUGCUUUCCAGCUCCAGUUUAAAAUCAGUCCUUCAUUUGAACUUAUGUAUUUAACUCGUUUGGAAUUUGGCAAUGAAAAUGAGAAAUUGAGCUAUGCCAGUCAUAUUUCCAUGUGCAUGCAGUAUUAGAUGCAUAUAGAUGGUUCAAUAGACUUUGGUUCUUAAUGGAUCAGUUUCUCUAGGUUUUUAUUUUAUUUUUUUGUAUUGAAGAAAUGUUAAUGUUGGACUUUUUUUUUCUCAAUGAAAUUUGCUGUGAAAUAAGAGAUGAGACAAUCAAGCUAGAAGGACAUUGAGCAUGUUUUGGCAUGAAGUGUAGUUCUGUGCAUCAUUCUAGUAUGUUUAGUUUCUUCCAUGACAGGUGUUUGGUAGCUUGGUCUUUAAAGUUGCUCAUGUUACAUGCAAACAGUGGCUAACUCAUGUUUUGAUGGGAGAUGUGAUGUUUAUACUGGCAAACGGAUGGUUUCCUCCUUUCCAAUGUAACCCAUCAGAGUAUCUGACUUUAAGAAAUAUGAUCAAUCUCAGUAUUGUGUAUGUGGGGGAAAAAGUUGUUGGAAUUAAAUAAGUGAUCAAAGUUAUUUGUAACUUUCUUUGUUGUAAAUAAGAAUAAUAAAAAAUAAAAAUUUUUGGGUGAAUUAUCCCUUUAAAUACUUAUCU